CCGAUUGAUUCCUGGUCAGGGUCGGUGCCAAGGGAUGGGUUCCAGAAACGAGCAGAAGUUUGUUUGGGGUCCAUGUGGCGAGUGGCAGUCAGGGUACCCGCGCUCCUGCCCUCGGCUCCAGUGCCCACUGUCCCCUCCUCAGGCGCUGCAGAGCGUUGCCGUCAGCCUGUGCAUCUUCUGCACGUGGACGGUGUGUGGAUCAGAGUGGCUACUCCGUCCCCGCCGCCAGCAGCCUGUCCUCACGUGCAGGCACUUCCCAAGGCCGCCUGGGGCCCAGCUUGGGGCUGAGUCCGUGGCUAGAGCAUUCUGUUUGCACCUUCCAACAACCCACAGGGGGCUGCCUCCAUUUUACAGAUGAGGCAGGCGGUCGAGUACGGUCCUUCAACUGCACAGUCUGACUUCACUCCAAAAGCUAGUCAGAGGAUUUGUCUGUUCCCCUUACAGCUUUCCCGCAGAAUGGGGCAAAAGCAGCAGCGACUGUUGGAAGCAGAACAGCCUCAGAGACCGCCAGACAGAGCGCAGACGCUUUCGCCUGUGGAGCCCUGCUUGGGGCCGCCUGCAGCCUCGGGACCCCAGCGCAGCAUCUAUUUUUCAGGCCCAAAAAGCCACUCUGCACAGCUGGGAUCUGAGUUUUUCGACCAGCCUGCUGUCCCCCUGGCGCGGGCAUUUCUGGGACAGGUCCUGGUCCGACGACUCGAUGAUGGCACAGAGCUGCGGGGCCGCGUUGUGGAGACGGAGGCAUACCUGGGGCCAGAGGAUGAAGCUGCCCACUCUAGGGGUGGCCGGCAGACCCCCCGCAACCGUGGCAUGUUCAUGAAGCCAGGAACUCUGUAUGUAUAUAUCAUCUACGGCAUGUACUUCUGCAUGAACGUCUCCAGCCGAGGGGAUGGCGCGUGUGUCCUGCUGCGAGCGCUGGAGCCCUUGGGGGGCCUGGAGACCAUGCGGCAGCUUCGCAGCACCCUCCGCAAGGGCACCGCGGGCCGAGCCCUCAAGGACCGUGAGCUGUGCAGUGGCCCCUCCAAGCUGUGCCAGGCCCUGGCCAUUGACAAGAGCUUCGACCAGCGGGACCUGGCCAAGGACAAGGCUGUGUGGUUGGAGCGCAGCCCCCCGGGGUCCAGUGAGCCAGCUGUGGUGGCAGCAGCCCGAGUGGGCAUCGGCCAUGCAGGAGAGUGGGCCCAGAAACCCCUGCGCUUUUAUGUCCGCGACAGCCCCUGGGUCAGCGUGGUAGACAGAGCAGCUGAGCAGAACGCACAGGCCUGAGCAAGGGUCCGCUCCGACAAGGCUUUUUAACUGCUUAAAAACCAAAUAAACGCUUUGUGUCUA